AGUUGUAGGGGUGUGAUGCCACAACCUGCUUAUAAAGGGGCGCACAAGUUGAAGCUUUAUAGCAGUGCAUAACGCCUAAUUUUCUAGGUCAUUCACCACGCACAGCCAGCCGUAGACAUGGAGUCGUUUAACGUGGUGGAGACGCUUCAGCCUGCCGAGAGAGCGUUCUUCUGGGUCGGUGCUCUUAUCACGGCCUUGCUGGCGCUGUGGAUGUUGUACAAGAUUCUCACUGGAUUUAGGAUAUGGGUGCUGGGAAACGGGGAUCUAAUCUCUCCCAAAUUGGGAAAAUGGGCAGUUGUGACUGGAGCCACGGAUGGUAUUGGGAAAUCCUAUGCGGAGGAGCUUGCUCGACAAGGGUUCUCCAUGAUGCUCAUCAGCCGCUCCCAAGAGAAGCUUGACGAUGUGGCGAAGUUUCUCGAGAGCACGUACAAAGUGGAAACGAAGACCAUUGCAGUGGACUAUGGUCAGGUUGACAUCUAUCCUAAAAUUGAAAAAGGUCUUUCUGGACUGGAAAUUGGAGUGCUUGUUAAUAAUGUGGGAAUCUCCUAUCCCUACCCUGAGUUCUUCCUGCACAUCCCUGAUCUGGACAACUUCAUCAACACCAUGAUCAAUGUCAACAUCACCUCGGUGUGCCAAAUGACCCGUCUGGUGCUGCCCAGAAUGGAGGCAAGAGCUAAAGGUGUCAUCCUCAACAUCUCCUCUGCCAGUGGUAUGUUCCCUCUUCCACUGCUGACCAUCUACUCCUCCACCAAGGCUUUUGUGGACUUUUUCUCACGUGGGCUUCAAGCAGAGUACAAGUGUAAAGGGAUCAUCAUCCAGAGCGUGCUACCUUUCUUUGUGGCUACCAAGAUGACAAAGAUCAGGAAGCCAACUCUGGACAAGCCCACACCUGAACGCUAUGUAGCUGCUGAACUGACCACUGUGGGACUGCAGGACCAGACCAAUGGCUAUUUCCCUCAUGCAGUCAUGGGCUGGGUGAUAACUGCCUUGGCCCCCAUCAAGCUGGUCCUCUACUUGGGUCUGCGUUUGAACAAGGCCCAGCGCAGUGGCUACCUCAGAAGGAGAAAGCUGCGAUAGUUUUGAGAACAUUUUGUGACAGAGAUUAAAUGGAAAUGAAAUGUGACCGAAUAUUUUACAGAAUGUAUGUGCCGAGAUUUGAGAUUCAGAAAUCAUUCUGAAUGUUGAGUCUUUGAAGUGCUUUGUCUUAUAACACGUAAUAGACUCUUGUUGUUGUUUGUAUGUCUUAUAUUAUUGGAUGAAUGUCUAGACUGACGUUCUACAGUGACACCUUGAGAAUGAAGAGUUGCUGAAAAUCAUGACUUCUCUUGGCUUGCUGAUUGCCUUGAAUGGGGACGUAUAACUUUCUGUAUUGGGUGAAAAGUGUUGCAGGAGGACUUUGUUGCCACUGCUGUUGUAAGCAGAUGUAUAUUUAUGUGAUGGUGGUGGCGUUUUAUAUUUGUUGAACUUUUGUUGUCAUUCUUUUACCUGGGACUCUUUACUUGCCCUCUUGUUAACUUAACUGCCAAUUACAAUUCUGUAAUCGUGCCUUUUUCCUUCCGAGUUAUAAAUGGGGGCUAUCCUUUUAUAAUUAAGCAUUUGGAACAAAUCUAUAGUGGCUAUUUUUGAAUCUUUCACUGUUGUACUGUAUCAAUAUGAAACCAGAGGUCUGAAUUAGAAGUUGUUGUAGUAUUAUUAUUAUAUAUAAUUUUUUUUUGUCCAUUUGGCCUUUUCAGGCUCAAAGUUUACCUGUCAGCCUUGGUUUAUUUAAAACCUGUGUGCCUUUUUAUACUGUAGGAUUUGAAGUUGGUCAUGGAUCUUUGCUAUCUGUUUGUAUGGUAGACCUAAAGCACAACUAUGCUUUCUGACAUAACUUUACGAUGUAGAUUUAUACCACUAAUUGUCUUGGAAUCAUCCAUGGACUUAUUUGAAGAAAACCUCCAUUUUAGAUCUCUGUAUGAUUAUUUUCGGAGCAAUGCCAGUCAAGCUGAAACGUCCAGGUGGUUGAACCUCAUUAGUCGCCUCUGAGAACAUUCAAGUUUUAAACCAUUCCAGACAUAUCGAAGAGUGGAACCCAAUGUGCUGCUGAACUCAUGCAUGACAAUCUGAAAUACUUGUUAAUAAAAUGACUUUUUUCUGUAAUGUCUUUUUUUUUUUUUUUUUUUUUAAUAAAUUAUGAC